AUGGUGCAUUGCCAUAUCCUCCUUGUGUGUUUUCCAGCACAAGGCCAUAUAAACCCAUCCCUACAAUUUGCGAAGCGCCUUUUGCAAUUGGGAGCCAAAGUUACCUUCUCCACCAGUGUAUCUGCAAUUCGUCGCAUGUCCCAAGUUGCCUCGACAAUACCAGACCUGACUCUGGCUCCUUUUUCUGAUGGUUACGACGAUGGUUGGACCAGUGCCCCUGAUGUCCAGGCUUUCAUGUUAUCUAUCAAAACUUUUGGCUCUGAAGCUUUGACAAAUCUUAUCAUGGCUAACGAAAACGAAGGCCACCCGUUUACACAUAUGGUGUACUCUACCCUCGUUUCAUGGGCAGGUGAAGUGGCAAAUCAGCUUCAAAUCCCAUCCACGCUUCUUUGGAAUCAACCGGCUACUGUUUUUUAUAUUUAUUACUUGUAUUUCAAUAAGAACGAGAUUUUUACAGGAGAAAACAAUGAAAUUAUUGAACUUCCAGGAGUGCCAUUAGUGCUUAGUUCUUCUGAUUUGCCAUCCAUUAUGCAGCCUUCAAGCCCUGCUGUAUACAGUUUUGCUCUAACUGCUUUCAAAGAGCAUUUUGAGAUUCUUGAUAGAGCUGGGACCAAGCAGAAAGUACUUGUGAACACAUAUGAUGCAUUGGAAUUCCAAGCCUUAAUGGGUAUAAAGAAGUAUGAUGUGAUGGGCAUUGGACCUUUGGUUCCUUCUGCAUUUUUAGAUGGGAAGGAUCCUUCGGACACCUCAUUUGGAGGUGAUCUCAUACAGAAGACAGUAGAUUACAUUGAUUGGUUGAAUUCGAAAGACAAAUCAUCUGUGAUUUAUCUUGCUUUCGGCAGCUAUUUCAAAUUUUCAGAACAACAAAUGGAAGAGAUUGCUAAAGGUCUUAUCAGAAGUCAGAAACCAUUCUUGUGGGUGACUAGAGCCGACAACACGCUUGAUUACAUGAAAGAAGUGGAAAAACAAGGUUUGAUUGUACAAUGGUGUUCCCAAUUGGAGGUUUUAUCAAACCCUUCUGUGGGCUGUUUUAUGACUCAUUGUGGGUGGAAUUCUUGUAUUGAAAGUUUGGCUAAUGGGGUGCCAGUAGUGGCAUUUCCGCAGUGGACUGAUCAACUUACGAAUGCAAAACUUAUACAAGAUUUUUGGAAGACGGGACUGAGAUUGGCUGCUGCAGAUGGAGGAAUCGUAACUGCAGAAGAGAUUGCGAGGUGCUUAGAAAUUAUUAUGGGAGGUGGAGACAGGGGAGAAGAUAUUAGAAAGCAAGCUCAACAUUGGAAAAUUCUGGCUAAGGAUGCAGUUAAAGAAGCAACGGAUAUGUUCCCUUGA